GAAAGGGCCGGUCCGUCCGCCGGACGCGUCAGUUGUUCGCUCGUCGCACGCCGCACCGUACGUACGCUUCGAAGUCCAAGAUGCCCGUGGACCUGUACAACCUCUAUGGCAGCCCGCCCUGCGGCCUCGUGCGCAUGCUGGCCAAGCACAUCGGCGUCGAGCUGAACGUCAAAAACGUGAACCUGGCCAAAGGCGAGAACCGCACUCCGGAGUUCCUCAAGAUGAACCCGUUCCACAAGGUGCCUACAAUUGACGACGACGGCUUUGUGCUUUACGAAAGCACCGCCAUCUGCUACUACCUGCUGAACAAGUACGCCCCGGACUCUGAGCUGUACCCCAAGUGCCCCCGGGGCCGCGCCCGCGUCGACCAGGUGCUGGCCACGAUGACCAGCACCAUCCAGCCGCCCUUCAUGGCCUUCUUCAGGCCCCGUUUCUUCACUCAGUCGAAGCCCACCGACGAGGAAGUGAAGGCACUCGAAGAGAACGUGCUUCAGGGGAUCGAGACCCUGGUGGGCGACGGCAACUACGCCCUGGGAGACAAGCUCACUCUGGCAGACCUGUCGCUGAUGGCUCACCUCAGCCUCCUCGCCGAGAUUCCCGUGUUCGACAGCGGCAAGUUCCCCAAGGUGGCCGCCUACUACGAGCGCCUGAAGGCGGAGCUGCCCUACUACGAGGAAAUCAACAGGCCCGGAAUCUCCGCUCUGGUCAACCUCUGGCCAGUGCUCAAGUGAACAGACUGCGCCGCCCGAAGCACGGCCCGUGACGCGCUUCUUCUUUCGCAUAAUUAAACACCAAAUAAAUUACUCUACCGCCGGAUCUACUUCAGUGCCUUGACUUAUAAUAAAAGUCUAAAUACAAAAUAUUAA